CGAGCAGUUCAGUCGAUACCGCGCGCGGGAAGACGCGUCGUCCAUUGUGGAUUUUACUUUUUUAAUUUACAUAUAAACUUGAGUGAUAGUGAUAAUAAUGCCAAACAUUAUAAAUGAGGUUAAAUUAGACUUUAAGGAUGUACUCUUACGGCCAAAAAGGAGCACUCUAAAAAGCAGAAACGAUGUGGACAUGUACCGAGAAAUAACAUUCCGCAACUCCGGUCAAACGUACCGGGGAGUCCCCGUUAUGGCGAGCAAUAUGGACACCGUCGGCACUUUUGAAAUGGCGAAGGAAUUGUCAAAGCACGGUUUAUUCACAUGCAUCCAUAAAUAUUACUCGGUCGACCAAUGGAAGAAGUUCGCGGAAGAAAAUCCUGAAUGCUUGGAACAAAUGGCGGCGAGUUCGGGCACAGCUGAAGUGGACUUCGAACGUCUAUCUGAAAUCCUGAACACCGUUAAGGAUCUCAAAUUCAUCUGUCUGGACGUAGCGAACGGGUACUCUCAGCACUUUGUCGAAUAUCUGAGGAAAGUGCGCGCCGCGUUUCCAACUCACACCAUUAUUGCUGGUAAUGUCGUCACCGGUGAGAUGGUUGAAGAGUUAAUAUUGUCAGGAGCCGAUAUUAUUAAGGUGGGAAUAGGUCCGGGAUCGGUUUGCACGACUCGAAUAAAGACCGGCGUGGGGUACCCGCAGCUGUCAGCUGUCAUCGAGUGCGCAGACGCAGCUCACGGACUUAAAGGACAUAUUAUUUCGGACGGCGGCUGCACGUGUCCGGGCGACGUUGCCAAGGCGUUCGGCGCGGGUGCGGACUUCGUGAUGGCGGGGGGUAUGUUCGCGGGGCACGACCAGUGCGGGGGGGAGGUGGUCACUAAGCCCGACGGGAAAAAGGUCAAGCUGUUCUACGGGAUGUCCUCGUCGACCGCCAUGUUGAAACACUCGGGCGGGGUUGCGGAUUACCGAUCUUCUGAAGGAAAAACAGUAGAAGUGGAAUACCGAGGAAAUGUAGAAAUGACAGUCAAGGAUAUCCUGGGCGGUCUCCGGUCAGCCUGCACGUAUGUGGGCGCGGCUAGGCUAAGGGAACUCCCGAGGCGAGCCACCUUCAUCAGGUGCUGUAGGCAGGCGAACGACGUCUUCUCUUAACUCAUACUAGCCUGAUACUCGGAUGAGCUGGACGUGAUGAAAUUUUAAAUAUCGAAUACGGAUGGAAUGAAGAUUAUUUCGAAAUUAGAUAGCCAUGUAAAAAAUAUAUGCUGACAUCAUCCAUAUAUGCUAAUUAAAAUAUACAAAAAGUAUGUAUAUAAACUGGUCCUUUUGAUUUUUAAGUCAACAUGAUGACCGUUUUUAUUUACAAGUCUGAAGUUUCUACUGAAAUUCAUUAAGCGAUAAAAAUAUUAAUUUAAAAAAUAUACAUUUAAUAAUAUUGUGCCUAAUUUUAUUAUAAGUGACAUAUUACCAAAAAAAAAAAUUGUAGUAAUUUUGUUUCACAACCACUUUUUCAUAUUCAUUACUGGUGGUAGGGCUUUGUGCAAGCUCGUCUGGGUAGGUACCACCCACUCAUCAGAUAUUCUACCGCAAAACAGCAAUACUUGAUAUUGUUGUGUUCCGGUUUGAAGGGUGAGUGAGCCAGUGUAAUUACAGGCACAAGGGACAUAAAAUCUUAGUUCCCAAGGUUGGUGGCGCAUUGGCUAUAAGCGAUGGUUGACAUUUCUUACAAUGCCAAUGUCUAAGGGCGUUUGGUGACCACUUACCAUCAGGUGGCCCAUAUGCUCGUCCACCUUCCUAUUCUAUAAAAAAAAAAAAUAUAUGAAUAACAAAUUCCAACAAAAUUGUCACGUGACAUUCUUGUCAAUUUCCUGACGUUAGAGGUAUAUUAUCACACUUUUCUAUUAAAAUCACAAUUUUAAAAUUCUAUAUACUUGCUAUAUACGCUUAAAUAUUAUAUUUCUUGUAAUAAUAUUAUAUCAAUGAAUUGUAAUAAAAAAUAUUUAAAAUUUUCAACGUAUUUUCAAUACAGCUUAUCGUAUAGUUAUACGAAUAUUAAAAAAAAAUCGCACUUGUAAUUAAAAAAAUUAUACCAUAUAAUAAUAAUGCGAAUACAAAUUUUUAAACUUUAUCGAGCACUUUGAAUCGUAAUUUUAGAGCCAUUUUGACAUGAAGAUUGAAGCUUGGAUCAUCACUAUAUCGAAUUGUUCGAAAAAAAUUUGAAAAUGUAUCCAAAAAAAUCACCAAUAUUUUCUUAAAUAUUAAACCAUUAUUGUUUACUGCAAAACUAGUAGAAAAAAUAAUUUAUUUAUAAUACGUAACACUUUUGUGACAAUUAUUGAAAUGUUGAGAGUUUUUCUGUGUAAUGCCUAUCAAAGAGAAUAAAGGAUGUUAGGAAUAUGUCAAAAAAGUACAAUUGUCUAUGGAUUCAUCCUAAUAUACUGGAUUAGAUAGCAUUGACAGUACGCCACUAGGCUACGUGUUAUUUGGGAUACAAGAAUUCUUUGACAGAAGUGUACAUUUCAAACAAAUACUGUCAACGUAUUACGUGACUUUCUUAAAAUAGUGACUACUGAUCUACUGAAAGUUUCAAUAACUUGUACUCUUUUGAAACUUUUAAGCCAAAGUUGUCUGGGUAAAUCCAUAAUGAAUAUCAUAGAGUAUUCAAGACCUCGACCAAUGAUAUCGCCUCAAUUUGGUGUAAAACUUGUUUAUUUGGGUUUAUUCCUCUUGUAGUUAUAGUCUAUGAACAAAGGUUAUUACAAAUUAAGCUUUCAAUCUGGAAAAAUAUGCCAUGCUGUUUUAGAAUAUAAAUUUAUCAAAAAUAAUGUAUGAAGUAUUAAUUAAUCAAUAAUUUUAUUAAUUGUAUUUAUUUUGUGUUAAUUUAUAAAUAAUCACUCGUAUGUAUUUUGUUUGUUUUUUUAUAAUUUAUUGAUUAAGCACAAAUGAGGCACAUUUUAUUUUUAUAUAAAAUAUUCACUCUUUUAAUUUUAAGAUUUAUUUAAUAUAUGUCUGAUUAAAUUCCUCUAUUAAAAGACAA